UCUGCUACUAACGACUGACUAGAAACGUGCUUUUAUAGAAAACAAAACACAAUAUGUGAUAGUUGAUUAUUAAAUUUAAAAUUACGUACAAGGUUAGGAUUAAAAAAAACAAAAUUGCUUAAAAAUCAAAUAAAAACGGAGGAAGACGUUUCUUUAUUUAUCAGGAUAAACUGUUGCAUUUGAAUUUUAAAUUAAAUUGCAAUUUUAAAUAGUUUGGGACACAAAACUGUUUAUGCUAGAAGUGUUUGAGAUACGAAGUUGUUUAUGGUGAAAUUGUUUAGGAUAUUAAAUUGUUUACAAUGAAGCUGACAGUUGCGUUUAUAUUGUUUUUGUUUUCAAAUGCACAUUGCUGGGGACGAGGAGAUCUGGAAAAAUAUGGACCUUUUCAAAUUGCUUUGCGAUCUAAUUUGAUUAAAUGUGAGCACGACAGAACCCUAAACUUGGAUGUCAGCGGCAUAGACGUCUAUUUUUACGACUUCCCGAGAAACGACGUCGAAACGUUCACAAUCGACGGCGCGGCGCGGGGAAUCCUCGCAAUAAAGGAACUCGACAAAACGAGGAGAUUCAUCAUCUUCGUAGGAGGAUACAAGUCUAACAUCAACAAGAGAACGGAAGAAAUAGUGAGAGACACCUUCAGAAACUAUCCGAACAGCUAUCUAAUCAUUCUAGACCAUUCCCCGUACACAAACGACAACCAGGGACAGAUAAAAAGUUACGAACGAUCCGUCAAAUAUGUCCACUACAUUGGCAAAGCGUUGGCGCAAAUGUUGGCCGACUUAAAAGCUGGAGGGAUCAGCCCGAAGAACAUGCAUUGCAUCGGCCACAGUUUGGGGUCGCAGAUACUUGGUAACACAGGUGAAAUUUUCCUUGAAAAAACAGGCACAAAAAUCGACAGAAUCACAGCUUUGGAUCCAGCUGGGCCGUGUUUCUCCAACAGUUUGAUCCAAGAGCAAGUUAGAUCCGGUGUAGCGGAUUAUGUGGAAGUUUACCAUUGCAAUGCUGGUGGUCUAGGUAGCACAAGCGUAUUGGGAGAUAUAGACUUCUUUGUGAACAAGAAAGGACAGAGUCAACCUAACUGCAAAACUCCGUUUCUUCCGGGGAUAUUUGAUUCUUCGAAAGCCGCUAAAUGCAAUCACAGGGCUUGUAUAGACAUUUGGACGGCCACUGUUAGUAACCCUAACUGGUACUUGGCGUUGAAAUGCGACAGUUAUAAGAAGUUCAAAAAAGGUCGGUGCGCUGGCAAUGACGUCACCAUUGCAGGGUUCUGGAACCCUGGUAACGCGACUGGUGUUUACUACUUCUCCACUGACGGCUAUGAUAUUUAAUUAAUUAAAUUUAUUUAUUUUUCUA